AUGAUAGUUGUUCUCACUUUAGUGUUAUUUUACAUUGGAACUCAAGCAAAGCAAGAACUAUGGAAAAAUUGGUCGGAAAAAAGAUGCCCCUGCACUACUGAAUAUAAUCCAAUUUGCUCCAGUGACAUGAGGCGUUACAAAAACAUUUGCACUUUCCAAUGCCGAAUUCAGCACCUUAUUAAAAACAAUGAACAUAUGAUUAAACCUGUCAACUGCACCCUUCUACCACCAACUGUACCAAACUAA